AUGAGUAACUCAAGAAAACUCAGAAGUGAUAUGUGGAGAUAUUUUACAUAUGUUGAUGAACAUUAUGCAAAAUGUGACAUAUGUAAAACUAAAAUUUCUCACAAGACAACUAUGUCAAAUUUAAAAAAGCACAUUGAAAGAAAACACCCUUUAAUAAAUUUACAACCUGAAGUAGAUGAUGAAAUAAACCAACCAAGUACUUCAAAUAGUGCACAAGUUAUUACUCUAGGAUUACAAUCCAUGCCAACUGUAAGUCUACGUCAAGUAAAUCCUUCUACAUUAAUUGUGGAAGAAAAUGUUGACAACCCUUCCUCUAAAUUUUUUGAGUCUUCAAAUCAUAUAACUAAAAAACGUAAAACAACAAAUACUUUGCUAAACUAUAUACCAAGAAAAAUGACCAAUACAUAUCAAAGUCAGUUGGAUGAUAGUUUAUUAAAACUAAUUUAUUUAGAUUGUCAGCCUUUUAGUAUAACUGAAAAUGAAGGGUUUAAACAAUUUGUUAAUUUAUUAAACCCUGCUUAUAAACUACCAAGUAGACAUAAGCUCUCAAAAACCUCAUUGCCUUUUGCUUAUGAAAAGUUAUUUAAUGAAACCAAAAUAAAAGUUCAAGAAGAAGCCUUAUCGGUUUGCUUGACCACUGACUGCUGGACUUCUAUUAACAAUACAAGUUUUUUAGCUGUUACUGCUCAUUAUGUCGAUCCGAAUUUCAAUUUAAAAUCAACGAUUGUCGGGCAUUUUAAGCGAAGUUCAAAUGCUAACCAUCAACUGAUGCUUUACCAGGAGAACUCAGGGGCCACACCAAAAAACUAA